UAAUAUACACAGUUGUUAAUGAACUUUUGAUACGAAAAUAUGAAAUAUUUCGUCUGUUUCUUAAUACUUUUGUUAGACAAAACAAGAGGUCACAUCCAAGGUCGUUUUGGACUACAAGAAGUGUUCAAAUGGAAGCAAAUGACUUACGAUUUCAAUGGACAUAUAUACGAAUCAAGUUCAGAUAGCGAGUUACAGACGCAAAAACAAAACAAUGUCGCAGAUGCUGAGAAAUUUUUUACACAAUAUAAUAAUGUACCGAUUGGUAUGGAAGUGUUUGGAAACAGAGUGUUUGUUACUGUACCAAGAAGGAGGCAUGGUAUACCAUCGACAUUAAACUAUGUUAAAAUAUCAAGUGGUACAUCACCAGCUUUGAUUCCAUAUCCUGAUACUAAAAGUAGGAAUAAAUUCGUCUCUGUAUAUCGUCCGAGGGUCGAUGUGUGUGGAAGGCUGUGGAUGGUAGACACUGGCCAUUUAGAAGUACCAGGUGAAAGGAAACAAAUUCAGCCACCGGCGAUUGUUGUAUACGAUUUGAAAACUGACGAGGAAAUAGUCAGAUAUGAAUUGAAAUCGACUGAUUUGGUCAACGAAAGAUCAUCUGCAGGUCUAACCUCAAUUACCGUGGACGUAGAUAAGAAGUCAUGUGAUGACGCAUACGCGUAUAUCAAUGAUCUAGCGACUGAAGGUAUGAUUGUAUUCUCUCUUAAGAACAUGGACAGCUGGAGAGUAAAUCAUAGAAGCUUCGUCCACGAUGAGAAUGCUAUGAACUUCACAGCUGCAGGGUACGUAAUUAAUUGGAAAGAUGGAUUAUUCAGCGUCACGCUAACUGAUCCUGACACCAAAGGGAAGAGGAAGGCUUUCUACCAUCCACUCGUCUCCACACAAGAGUUUGCUAUCGAUACUGAAUUCCUUAAAAACAAUAACUUUCCCGAACGUAAUACUUAUUUCGGUGAACGUGGUAAUAAUACGCAGAGCGGUUCACACGACUACCACGCACCUUCUAGAAUAAUCUUCUACGCAAAUGUCGCACAAGACGCCAUCUUGUGUUGGAAUAUCGACACUGAAAUGACACCGGAAAAUGUCGCUAUCGUCGCACAAGAUCAUAAAAAACUUGCCUACAUUUCUGAUUUAAAAAUAGUCGGUGAUGAAGUAUAUGUUCUGGUGAAUCAGAUACCGAAGUUUAUUUACUCUAGAUUUGAUAUUAAUGAAUAUAAUUUUUUUAUCCAUAGAUAUCGUGUUUUUGAUUUAAUAUUGGGUACAGUAUGCGAUAUAGCGGCACCUUGAAAAUGCAUUUUAUUAAAUAAAAGUUUUCUUUGACAA